AUGGCUUUCCGCCAACCCACCUUCCAACCUCAACAACGACAACACCCCGCACCCGCUCCUCAACCCAUCCAAACCACAACCCCUCGAAGCGAAAACCUCGCAGACUCCCAAGAAUGGAUUCUCUUCUCCCCAACCUCCGUUACAGCCUCCACAGCCCGCACCCGUACCCAAGCCAGCGACUUCGACAGCUUAGACACAGCAGCCGGCCUCGAUAUCGAUCUGCACUCCUCCUCCUCCCAAGCGGUUGAUGAAGAAGAUGAAGAAGAAGGAACAGAAGACGGAGAGUUAGACAGUCUAGAUUCACAUUUACACGAGUUCAGGACUGAGCCCAGCGUAUACCGCGGCGAGACAAGCGGGACUGUCUUACCGACACAUGAUGGCUUGGGCAGUUUCAGAGUCAAUAGGACGAGUAUGGGCCCCGAGGUACAGGAGCAGUUAUACUCGUUCGAGCGCUAUAACCCUCGGCGUAUCAAGCGCCGGAGAGCAAGUGACGAUCUUGCAGAGGAAGAAGCUGAAGCUGCGGAGAGCGAGCGCACCAGACGCGUCGAGAAGUGGAGGAUGGAACAGAGUCGGUUGUUGGUUGAUGAGAUACAAAAGGAGACGAGGCGGAGGAAGAUGAGCAUGAAUAGCGCUCGACGUGCUACAACUGUGUCGGCGCUAGAGAGGGAGCAAGAGGAUGUCGCCAGUAUGAGCGUGGUUGAGGACGCGGUAGAUGAGGGGGAUGGGGAGACGUUCUGGAGCAGGAUUACGAAGAGGGUUAUCCGGGAUUUGAUGGGUGUGGAUGAUGAGUUGCUUUCAAUUAUCUUUGGGGAGUCACUGCCGAAAGACGAUGAUCUGUCUACCACGCCGCUUGCCAAUGAUCCACGGGGUCUUAUCACGGCUGAGCAAUCAGAGCAUGCGGGCUGGGAAUACAGGCUUUUGGAACGUGUUGCAAGGGAAUUGGGGAUUCUAGUAAACCAACUAUCCGACCACCCUGGCGCAUUCUCCACAUACCUCAAAACCCAACAAACUCCUCUGCCAUAUGCUGGGUUACCAAUGAUCCCAGAAUCAUCCCGCGACCCAGCACCACCUCCACCACCGCUUUCAACAUCAACCCAACUUCUAAACCCAGAAUUCCAACCAACGCUCCCAGUCACCAUCCCAACUUCAACAUCCCUCGCUACAGAAGAGCUCGAGGAAGCUACACCACGGCAAACAUGUCCGAUUACGAGGGAAGAAUGGGAGAGGGAUCUAGAUAUUAAAAUGGUAUUUCGCUACCUCCGGACCCGCUUCUCCACUUCCUCAUCCACCUCUCCAACAAACCCCACAUCCCCUAAUUCCUCAUCAAACCACCCCAACAUUCCAUCCCUCGCAUCCUCCAACUUCACCACAGCCCACCUGGCCACAGCAUCCACAGCCGACACAGCAGCUCGCGCCGCUCGAGUACGACAACAUCAUCCGCUUGUCACGGGGACUCGACGCCGGAGUGUGGACCGCCGGACGUGGGGUGUUAGCAUGCCAGGCGGCGGGGUGGGUGUUGGGCUGCCAGGGAUAGAGAGGAGAGCGAGUAGCAGUUGUGCGACGAGCGAGAGGAGGAAGAGUGGGAGCAGUAGGCAUUAUUGGGAUUUUGGCGGGAGCGUGGGGAGUGGUGGCUGGGGUGAGGUUUAA